CUCUCUCUCUCUCUCUCUCACACACGCACACAGACUCAGUCCAGUCCGAAGACCGCACCGCGCGACAUGGACUCGUCCCCUUUGCUCUCAUAAUGGGAGAAUUGCAACUUUUCACUCUGCUCUGCGCCUCCUGCGUCGUUUCGGCUCUGCGCUUCGCUCCGGACCCGGACCCGGACCCCGCUCUGCACAUCGAUGUGUUCGCGGAGCUGCAUCGGGAACGCGCCUCCGCCGGACUCCCCGCAGCGCCGGGUUUCCUCAACCAAAGCAGAGCCUUUCUCUUCCAAGAUGCACAGCGGAACAUCAAGCUCUCAGAUGACUUAGCCCAGCACGUAUGGAGGAAACUGAGGGGCAGGAAAGAGUUCACCGUGCUGGUGACGCUGAAGCAGGAGCGCUACACCUCAGGAGUCAUCCUGUCCAUCCGCCAUGAAGAUCAAAGGUUCCUGGAACUGGAGAGCAGCGGCCAGCACAGCGAGGUCCGGUUCCACUACGUGUCACAGGGCAAUCGGACGCGCACCGAGACUUUCCCCUACGCGUUGGCAGACGGUCGCUGGCACAAGGUGUCCAUCACCUUGAGCUCCUCCCAUAUCCAGCUGCAUGUGGACUGCCACAGGGUGUACGAAAGAGCGGCGGAACCACCGGCCAUGGAGCUGCCUGCAGAGACGACUCUCUGGCUGGGACAGAGGAGCAGCAACCGUGGGCUUUUCAAGGGGAUGAUGCAGGGCGUUGAGCUGCUGGUUAUGCCCCAAGGGUACCUUUCGCAAUGCCCCGACCUGAACCGCACUUGUCCCACCUGCAACGACUUCCACGCGCUGGUGCAGAAGAUAAUGGAACUGCAGGACGUUCUAGCCAAAACGUCCCGUAAGCUUGCGCUUGCAGAGGACAAGAUGGCCAACCUGGACCGGUGCUACUGCGAGCGCACCUGCGACGUGAGGGGCGCGCUUUACAGAGACGGAGACGCCUGGACGGAUGGCUGCAAGAACUGCUCCUGUACGAACGGCACGGUUCGGUGCGAGAGCCUCUUCUGCCCUCCUGCCCAGUGCCCCCCGGACUCGGCCCCCGUUUUCGUUAAUGGUUCGUGCUGUCGGGAGUGCCAGCCGGUGUGCUUGUUCGGCGGGAGAGCGUACGUGGAGGGAGACAGGAAGGCCGUCCACCACCCGUCCGGAAUGUGCUCCUUGUUCGAGUGCAGGGACAGGAAGAUGAACCGCGUGGAGCCCCCCGGGUGCCCGGAACUAAACUGCCUCGAGUCCGAGCAGAUGACCCUGACCGACCGCUGCUGCAGAGUGUGCCCAGGUCAUGAUUUCUGUUCCGAGGGCCACGGCUGCGCGGAGCACUCUGACUGCGUCAACCUGGAGGCGGGAGCCUGCUGCGGGUGCAAGGAUGGCUUCCGGCCGCUGCGAGCCGACGAGGCCUACUGCGAAGAUAUCGACGAGUGUGCGGAAGGGAGGCACUACUGCAGGGAGAACACGGCGUGUGUCAAUACGCUGGGCUCCUUCUCGUGUAUCUGCCACGCUGGCUACGUCCGCAUCGACGACUACUCCUGCGCCGAGCGCGACGAAUGUCAGGAUGAGCAGAACGGCUGCGAUGAGAACGCCCUGUGCUUCAACACCGUCCAGGGACACCGAUGCUCCUGCAAGCCGGGCUACGCGGGGAACGGCACCUUCUGCAAAGCAUUGUGCGAGGGCCGGUGCCGCAACGGAGGCACCUGCAUCUCCGAAAACACCUGCAUCUGCCAGCAAGGCUUCACUGGGAAGAUGUGUGAGACAGAUAUCGACGAGUGCUCCGAUGGCUUCGUGGAGUGUGACAGCCGGGCCACCUGCGUGAACCUGCCAGGCUGGUACCACUGCGAGUGCCGAGAUGGUUACCAUGACAACGGAAUGUUUUCACCCAAUGGCGACUCCUGCCAAGACAUAGAUGAGUGUGAGAGCGGGAGGAACAGCUGCUCCAACGACACCGUUUGCUUCAACCUGGAGGGUGGCUACGACUGUAGGUGCCCCCACGGGCAUAACUGCUCUGGGGACUGUAUCCAUGGCAACAGAGUGAAACACAACGGCCAGAUCUGGGUCCUGGAGAGCGACAGGUGCUCCGUCUGCUCGUGCCAGACCGGGCUGGUGCUGUGUCGGCGGAUGGUGUGCGACUGUGACAACCCAACGGUGGAUCUCUUCUGCUGCCCAGAGUGUGAUCUCCAUCUGAGCAGCCAGUGUCUGCACCGAAGCACGCUCCGGACCUACAACAGCGGGGACACUUGGGUGGACGGCUGUCGGCAGUGCCAGUGCCUGCGAGGCGAGGUCGACUGCUGGCCGCUCGCGUGCCCUCCGGUGGACUGCGAGUUCAGCGCCGUGCCUCACGGGGAAUGUUGCCCGCGCUGCGCCGCCGACCCCCGCGAGGCUGACGUCGCACGCAACGACAUCGCUAGCGUCUGCACCGACGAGCAGGGCGCGACGCGUCUCGGUGGCGCCUCGUGGACGAAGCACGGCUCCGAAUGCACGAUUUGCCGCUGCAAGAACGGACGCGCCUGUUGCUCGACGGAUCCCCUUUGCCUGUAGCUGCUGUCCUGAGCGCUCGUGGCAUUUGUGCAGAAGAAGAAGGUUUCCGGAAAGCCCUCGAUACCAAAUACGGUCACGUGGUGUACGCUGUACUGAAUGGGAAGUGGACCUUUCGCCCAUCUCGACUCCUUUGCUCGGAGGAGACCAGCACCUUUAUGACAGGACUCUGUAUAAAGUACCGAAACUGGCAUGAUUCUGCUGGCACUUGUUUAUUUUUACUCCGUUACGAUUCCUAAUAAGUGUGUUUCCCACAACUGAAACUCCUAUAUCUUCACUGUCUUACUUUGACAUCAUCCAAUGCCCCCCCCCAUCGUGCUGUUUAUUUUGUGUUCUUUAAUUCUGAAGCUUGUUAUUGUGCUAUGGUGAAAUAAAAUUGUUUACAUUA